GACGUGAUCGUGCUGGGCGCGGGCAUCAUGGGCAGCUGCGCGGCGCACGCGGCGGCGUCCCGCGGCGCAAGCGUCCUGCUCCUCGAGCGCUUCGACCUGCUCCACCACCUCGGCUCCUCCCACGGCGAGUCGCGCACCAUCCGCGACGCCUACGCCAAGGCGCACUACCCGCCUAUGGUCCGCCUCGCCCGCCGCCUCUGGAGCGACGCCCAGGCCGACGCCGGCUACCGCGUGCUCACCCCGUCGCCAAACCUCUGCAUGGGCCCGCGCAGCAACGCCCGGCUCCUCGCCGCCGUCAGGAACGCGGGCGCGGCCGAGGUGGAUGAUGUCGGCGAGAGGUGGGGAGGCGUAUUCCACGUCCCGGACGGGUGGGUGACGGCGGUGAGCGAGCUCGGCGGCGGCGUGCUGAACGCGACCAAGGCGCUCGCCAUGUUCCACACGCUGGCCGUCAAGAAGGGCGCCGUCGUCAGGGACAACACGGAAGUCGUCGGCAUCGUCAAGAAGGAAGGAGAGGACGGCGUCCGGGUGGUGACAAGCAAGGGCGAGGAGUUCCAUGGCGCCAAGUGCAUAGUGACGGUCGGCGCGUGGGCGAGCAAGCUGGUAAAGUCCGUCGCCUUCAUGGAGCUGCCGAUCCAGCCGGUGCAGAAGACCACCAUGUACUGGAAGAUCAAGCCUGGCCGCGAGCACGAGCUCACGGCGGAGGCCGGAUUCCCGACGUUCUCGAGCUACGGCGACACAUUCGUGUACAGCACGCCGUCGCUGGAGUUCCCGGGUCUCAUCAAGAUCAACGACAACAGCGGGUCGCCGUGCGACCCGGACAGCCGAGACUGGGGCUCCGGCGUCGCCGGCGCCGCCGAGCGGGUCGCGCGGUGGAUUCAGGAGUUCAUGCCGGGACAUGUGGAGACCGCCGGCGGGCCGGUCAUCCGGCAGUCGUGCAUGUGCGCCAUGACUCCGGACAAGGACUUCGUCAUCGACUUCCUCGGCGGGGAGUUCGGCCAGGACGUGGUGCUCGGUGCCGGGUUCUCUUGUCACGGGUUCAAAAUGGGGCCAGCGGUGGGGAUCAUCCUUGCCGAGAUGGCCAUCGAUGGCGAGGCGAGGACCGCGGUAGAGGCCGGGGUGGAGCUCCACCAUUUCAAAAUCAACCGGUUCGAGGGCAAUCCCGCGGGGAACACCAACAAGGACUAG